GUUCGCUUCUGUCCCACCGAAAAACGGUGUGAGCGUGGGUGUGUGUGCGUGUCUGUGCUCUCUUCUAGUUGCUGUGCGUUGUUUUUGUUCUACGCGCUAGCUAGGCUAGUCGUACGAUCUAUCUAGGCUCCAACUCUCGCAGAGUGAGCGAGAGCAUGUGUGCUCGAUUCUUAGUGCUAUUCCAUAUGUGCAACUAUUUACCGUAAAAUAAAAUCAAGUGGAAAAGACACGCGAGAAAAGUGAAACAAGAAAACAAAAGUGCAGCAAUUGAUGAGGCUCUCUGGCCUGCACUCGCCUUAAUUUUGUGCUUCCUGUGGAAUUAACGGAGAGAAAAAGCAAAGCGUAAAAGCGAAAUGAGAGCGUGAGCAACAAGUGGAGGCAGACCAGACAGACGCAACUUUCUUCUGGCAAAAGCCGGCUGAGCGGGAGCCCGCCGCCCCAAUCAUCCAUCAAAAGCAGGCGUAGAAGAAGAAAAACGUGCAAAGAGGAAACGGAUCAGGAGAGAGCGGGAAGAAGAUCAUACUGAGCGCUCUUCUUGUUUUGGCUCUGGAAUUUCAUCAACAUGGCUUCCCUAGCUUCAUUGAGCAUCAUUUCCGUGGCGGCUGUUGUUUCUGCAAGCCGCCUGGAGGAUGCGUUUCUGCUUUGAUAGGCUGUGCUUCGCCACCAAGCGGCCAGCCACAAACAAUAAUCGCAGCCACAGCACAAAUGAACCACAGUGCACCAGCAAUAGCAGCAGCACCGCCGAAAGCCAUAGCCCACAAAGCACCACAGAUGCAGCAGCAGCAGCUUCACCUUCCACAGUCACAGCUCCUUGUACAGCAGCACCACAGAAACAGAAACAGAAACAGCAGCCCAUUGCAGGGGAUCUCUUUUAUGCGGAAUACCAGAAACUAAAACCAGCGAUAAUCCAUAGGGACUACAGGGAUAAACCACCGGACACAGCAACACAAAAAGUGGAGGAACACACCGAUAAAGGGGAGAUUCCACAAUCUCCCAAGCCAUCCCAGACACCUUCCCUGCAGACAGAGAUACGCCAGACAGAGCUACAGAUACAACAGCUACAGGCAGAGAUACAGACACAUCUAGAGCAGCAGCAGCAGCAGCAGCAGCAGCAGCGUCGCUAUCGCCGUCAUAGCAGUGCCGAAGAUCGUAGGAAGCCGAAGCACCAUUCGAGCACGAAGAUACUAUCAGCAGAUUCCGAUUCCGCCGAAGAUCCGAAGAUCCGUAAAGCAGCCAGCAUGCAGCAGGAGCCGAACGCCAACUAUCAGUUCCAAACCGACUUGGGUCUGGUGAGCAUCGUCCAGAACGCGGCCAAUAGCGCGAACAGCAACACUUACGGCGCGACAAACAACAACAACAACAAUAAUAAUAAUAAUAAUAAUCUGCUGGGCGGCGGCGUCGGCGUCGGCGGAAUCGUGACAUUGCCCUCGGCUGGUAAUAACCUUGGACUAUUGGGCCUCGAGCAGACGGCAUCGGGUCUACGGCUGAUACAAGCGCCACCGCCGCACUCCGAUGUCCUCACCCACACGCUGAUCUACGGCACACCGCCGUCGGGGGCACAGCAGCUGCACACGGACCCGAGGAGUCUGUUGCACCAACAGGAGCUGCAGCUGCAGCAGCGCUACCAGCAGUUGCAGCAGCUCCAGGCCCAAACACAGGGACUCUACGCGAACACAGGCAAUCCCGUGCUCUACCACCAGCCGAGUCCGAGUGGGAAUCCGGUAACGAGUCAACCGGUGGCCAUACCCGGAGCCGCCAACGUUGCUGCCUGCAACUCGCCCACACAGCCACUGCCACUGCCACUGCCACUGCCUCAUCCCUCAUCGCUGGCCUUGGCGCAGGUGCAACAACAGAUGCAGGGACUGCGGAUAUCCGGAGGUUGUGGCGCCCCCAGUCCCGGCUCGGCCACACCCUCGCCGGUGGGCAUGGGCGAGCCCACGUUGAUGAUGAGCAACACGGCCGCCUAUGUGGCGGCUACGCCGCAGGAGGAGCGCUUCAUACAGAUCAUCCAGGCCAAGGAUCUCAAGAUCCAGGAAAUGCAGCGUGCCCUUCAGUUCAAGGACAACGAAAUAGCGGAACUUAAAUCCCAUCUGGACAAAUUCCAGAGCGUCUUCCCCUUCAGUCGCAGCAGUGCCGCCGGUGCGGGCGGCUCCUCGGGCGGUGGCAGUGGCCCCAGCACGGCCACAGGUGCCACCCGCAAAUCGGGACAAACCUUCCAGCGACAGCGUGCCCAGGGCAUAUCCGCAGAGCCACAGAGUGAAUCUUCGGUGCUGCUGGAGCAUGUCACAUUUCGCAAAUACGACAAGAAUGAGCGCUCCCGUGAACUUAUCAAGUCUGCCAUUUUGGAUAAUGAUUUCAUGAAGAAUCUGGACCUGUCGCAGAUACGUGAAAUUGUCGACUGCAUGUAUCCCGUCAAGUAUCCAGCCAAGAAUUUGAUUAUAAAGGAGGGAGAUGUCGGCAGCAUUGUGUACGUUAUGGAAGAUGGACGCGUUGAGGUCUCACGCGAGGGCAAAUACCUCUCGACCCUCUCCGGAGCCAAGGUCCUUGGGGAGCUGGCGAUUCUCUACAAUUGCCAGCGAACUGCCACGAUCACGGCCAUCAGCGAAUGCAAUUUGUGGGCCAUUGAGCGGCAGUGCUUCCAGACCAUCAUGAUGCGCACGGGACUCAUACGUCAGGCGGAAUACACCGAUUUCCUCAGAAGUGUUCCAAUUUUCAAAGAUCUAGCGGAUGAUACGCUCAUCAAAAUCUCCGAUGUACUAGAGGAGACGCACUAUCAGCGUGGCGAUUAUAUUGUGCGACAGGGAGCACGCGGCGACACCUUCUUCAUCAUCUCCAAGGGCAAGGUGCGUGUGACGAUCAAGCAGCAGGACACGCAGGAGGAGAAAUUCAUACGCAUGCUGGGCAAGGGCGACUUCUUUGGCGAAAAGGCGCUGCAGGGCGAUGAUCUACGCACAGCCAAUAUAAUUUGUGAUUCUCCUGAGGGCGUCAGUUGUCUGGUGAUUGAUCGCGAGACCUUCAAUCAGUUGAUCUCCAAUCUGGAUGAAAUCAAGCAUCGCUACGACGAUGAAGGAGCUCUGGAACGCAUCAAAAUCAAUGAGGAAUUCCGGGAUAUAAAUCUCACAGAUUUGCGUGUAAUUGCCACACUGGGCGUGGGUGGCUUUGGACGCGUGGAACUCGUGCAGACCAACGGCGAUCCCAGUCGUUCGUUUGCCCUCAAACAGAUGAAGAAAUCGCAGAUUGUGGAGACACGCCAGCAGCAGCACAUCAUGUCCGAGAAGGAGAUCAUGGGCGAGGCCAAUUGUCAGUUUAUUGUGAAGCUCUUCAAGACCUUCAAGGACAAAAAGUAUCUAUACAUGCUGAUGGAGAGCUGUCUGGGAGGAGAGCUCUGGACCAUAUUGCGCGACAAGGGAAACUUUGACGACAGCACCACGCGCUUCUACACCGCCUGUGUAGUGGAGGCCUUUGACUAUCUGCACUCGCGGAAUAUUAUCUACAGGGACCUGAAGCCGGAGAAUCUGCUGCUGAAUGAUCGCGGCUAUGUGAAGCUGGUGGACUUUGGUUUUGCCAAGAAGCUGCAGACGGGUCGCAAGACCUGGACAUUCUGCGGCACGCCCGAAUAUGUGGCCCCCGAGGUGAUACUGAAUCGUGGCCAUGACAUAAGUGCGGACUACUGGUCGCUGGGUGUCUUAAUGUUUGAACUUUUGACGGGUACCCCACCGUUUACGGGCUCCGAUCCCAUGCGCACCUACAACAUCAUACUUAAGGGCAUCGAUGCCAUCGAAUUCCCCAGGAAUAUCACAAGAAAUGCCAGCAAUCUGAUCAAGAAGCUUUGCCGUGAUAAUCCAGCCGAACGUUUGGGCUAUCAGCGUGGCGGCAUAAGCGAAAUACAGAAGCACAAAUGGUUCGAUGGCUUCUACUGGUGGGGCCUUCAGAAUUGCACACUGGAACCACCGAUAAUGCCCACAGUCAAGAGUGUGGUGGAUACCACAAACUUUGAUGACUAUCCACCCGAUCCGGAGGGUCCGCCCGCAGAUGAUGUCAGUGGAUGGGAUAAGGAUUUCUAGUUUGGUGUUUCCUAGACGAUGCUCUCUCUCUCUCUAAGCGUCUGCUACAAUCAUAAAUAAAUCAUAAAAGGAGAACAAACAGGAGUAGGAGUAUACAGAGGAAUUGAUCUUAAGUGCGCCAUAUUUAUGUACGCCAAAGCCAACAGUCAGCAGCUUGAAACCCAAAAGCUGCCCACCCACAGCAGUCCCCACUGAGUAGCAGUCGCACAAAGCACACACACAUCGGCAUCGGCUCAUCGUCUUAGCAUAUACGAUUAUGAAUAUGUCUGUAACCUUAUGAUGUGCAACAGAAUGAAUUUAUUAACGAGUUUAUAACUAUUAAUAUGUAAUAUGAGAAUGAGAAUGAUAAUAGGGCGAAAUGAGUGUCUAGUUAUCGUUUCGUAAAUUGUAAGUAGGUGGGAGCUCUGCUCUGUCAUUGUAUAAAUUCUUUUUUUCUAUCUGUAUAUCUACGCGUAUAUCUAUUAUUAACAUAACGACAUACAAAUUAUAAUUAUUAUUCAUUGUUAAUGUAUCACAAACCACACACACAUACAAAUCGGGUUGCCUUAUAGUCUGUAAGCUUAUAUUUUUAAUGCAAAAUAUGACCAAGAACUUGUACUUUCUACUUGCAUGUCUUCGCCCAUCAUAAUACUUGUUAAUUCUCCACCACUUAAUAGUUUCUGCUAUCUUUCAUUUAGUUAUAUAAAUCAUUUCUGUUAUUUGUACGAAUAAUAAUGCCUUUUUAAAUUGUCUUUUUUAAGUAAAUCAGUUAGAAAUUGAAUAAACAAAUUGAUGCGACAAA